GACGGUUUGUCUCUUAUUUUAUUCUGUGUCUCCUUCACUUCAUGCUUUGGUUUAAAACCUGGUUUGGCAGGAAGACCUUUCACAAACAGCCCCGAUUGGAUGAGGCCACUGUCUCUUAUUCUUCUUCCUUUUGUAGCUCUUAGCAGCAGUCACAUGUGUAGCUGCCUGCCUAGCUGGUUGUCUCCCGGAACACACCUCGUCUUCCUUAACGUCACACUUUUACCUGGUUCAGUUUAUCUUUUCCAGGGCUAGCAUUGCUGUGUGAAUGGGUGUAAGCAGGAAAAGAAGCUCAGGGGUGCAGCACAGAGUCAGGAAAUGUGGAAGCACUGUGUACUUGCUCCAACGAAGAGAGUCUCGGUUUUGAAUUGCACCAGCUGUCCCACCCAGCAGAGCUACUAGCAGUUUGGUUUCUUUUCCUGUGCCUCUGAAACCUACAUUAGCCAAAGAAGUUUCUGUUUUCCGACUGCUCCACAACUCAGAAAAAAAAGGGUCUCUACUUAAUUUGCCCUCUGUUUCAGUUUGCUCCACGUCUCAGCAGCAGCUGCAGGGACAUGGAAGUGACAACCAGACUGACAUGGAUACAGGAAAAGCUUCUGGAACAACUACUUGGGAAAGCAUCUUUAACUCUUCUUUAUAAGUCUAGCAUUCAUCAGUUUAAAACUCUUGAUAUGACUAAGAUAUGCUCUAAUCAGGGAUCCACAAUAACAGUCAUUCACUUGGAGCAAAAUGUUGUGGGUGUUUUUAUGCUGGAACAGUUUCCCCUUUUACAUUCCAAAAAGUCAAGCCUUUGUGUUUGGUUUUCAUUUAGACAGAGCAGCAGCACUGGAAUGCCAGCUUUAGUUUUGAAUACACAAGUAGAAGUCAAUGCCACACAGUUAAAAUUUUUCUCAUCCAGUGGCUUGUCUCUCCUUGUGGAUCCAAGAAAUUAUGAGCUUCAUCUGAAUGCCGAAGUAAUAAAAGAGCUAGAACUUGAUCUUAAAGGUGUCUCUCCGUAUUUGGAAUGUGAAAUGUUUCGAGUUGAUGGCAUUAAGAGGGAUCCAGAGUUCAUAAAGAAGAUGGUAACCAUCAAACAGUACCGGGAAAAGCUCCUAUCUGCUCUUAGAGCCUACAGGCCCCAUGAAGACUUGGUUCCACAAGUUCGUAUCCUCUUGGUGGGCCCAGUAGGUUCUGGAAAGUCGAGCUUUUUCAAUUCAGUGAAGUCUGCUUUCCAGGGUCACUUAACUCGCCAGGCCAUUGUGGGGUCUGAUGAAACCAGCAUUACCGAACAGUAUAGAAUAUAUAAUGUUAAAGAUGGAGAAGGUGGGAAAACGCUCCCAUUUUUGUUAUGUGACUCAAUGGGGCUGGAUGAGAGAGAAGAAGCGGGAUUGUGUGUAGAUGACAUACCUCAUAUCUUAAGAGGCUAUGUACCAGACAGGUAUCAGUUCAAUCCGUGUAAGCCAAUAGAGGUGACACUCUUCACUUACAACACCCCUCCACCACUGAAGGACAGGAUUCACUGUGUGGCUUAUGUCUUGAACAUCAACGCUGUUAACAUGCUGUCUGAUAAAAUGGUGGCAAAGCUCAAAAAGAUUCACAGAGAUGCAGUACACUGUGGUGUAAGAGAAGUAGCCUUGCUUACUAAUGUGAAUAACUGUGAUGAAGUUCUUGAUGACAAUUUUUUAAACAUGACAGAAAGUGUGACUUCUCAAAGACAGGUAAAGAAUGUCCAAAACAUGCUAAAUAUUCCUUUGGCUAACAUCUUAAUGGUUAGUAAUUAUGCUUUGGAACGAUCAUUGGACCCUCUGAAGGAUAUUCUGAUCUUUGCUGCACUCAAGCAGAUGUUACGGGCAGCAAAUGACUCCUUAGAAGACUUGCUUCUUAAGGAAACUGCAUCAGCUAAAGGAUCCUUGAAGAGCCGGUCACGGCUGGGAAAAUGAAGAUGAAGCCUGAGAAGUGGAGAGGAGGGAGAUGCCCGACAACAGAUCCUCUUCCCUGUGCCUGUACCCACCACAUCUUGAUAUCCUGAUGCUUUGUAUUUCCUUCCUAUCACAUUAUACAAUUCUAUGUAUCCUUACUGAUCACACAGCAAUUACAAAAUUAUAUAGCUAUCUGCUGUUCCAAAUAGAGUGUAAGUUCUCUGAGAAAUAGGCUCUAGAUUGACCUCUGUAGUCAUAGAGCUCGGCACAAGGUCUGGUUAGCAUUGAGAAUACUAACAAUGACUCUUCUGUAACACUUUCUCUACCUUGGUAUUUACUUAGAUAUCUACUCCAAAUGGAUGGGAAGACACAAAGAGUAAGAUGCUGGAAAGAGAAUGAGAAAAUAAGAAUGGAGAGGGUCUUAUUAUCUCUGCUUGAAAACAUGAAUGCCUCUAGCCAAUUUAUGCCUCCAAUUAAUUAAAAAGAGACAAUAUUUGUGAACAACUCCAUUAAUUGCAUUAAUGUUUUAAUUUCAUGAAAUAAAGAUUCUUCCUGUAAUGUU